AUGCAAUUCCAAUAUGUGAAAAAUGCAAUUCCAAUAAUAAUUGAGCUUAAAGAGGGAGUGAGUCCAGGAAAUAAAAGACAAUACCCCUUAAAAUUAAAAGAUCAAAAAGGAAUAGAGGAUAAAUUAAUAAAAACUGGAUUAUUAGUUGAAUGCAAAUCUGAUUAUAAUACCCCUCUAUUACCAGUGAAAAAGCUAGAUGGUACUUACUGUCAAGUACAGGAUUUGAGGACAGUUAAUAAAAUAGUUAAAGACUACUUACAUCCAGUGGUAGACAAUCCGUAUACACAGCUCACGAAACUUAAAGAUGCCCAGGUCUGGUUCACGGUACUGGAUCUAAAAGAUGCAUUCUUCUGCCUCCCCCUGGCUCAAGUCAGUCAGAAAAUAUUUGCUUUUGAGUGGGAAAAACCAACUGGGAGAAAAACAAAAUUGACCUGGACAGUGUUGCCUCAAAGGUUUAAAAACAGCCCAACAAUUUUUGGAAAUCAACUACCUCGAGAAUUGGAAAUGUGGAAACCUCUGGAAGGAAAUGGAGUUCUAUUGCAGUACAUGAAUGACUUGUUAAUUGCAACUGAAACUGUGACUGAGUGUAUUCAACAGACAAUAAGUUUAUUGCAUUUUCUUGGACUAAAUGGAUAUCGAGUCUCUCAACAGAAAGCACAACUAGUACAGAAGCAGGUGAUCUACCUGAGAUAUGAAGUCUUCGGAGGACGAGUGUUGGGGACUGAGCGCAAGGAAGCCAUCUGCCAAACUCCUCUUCCUCAAACGGUGAAAGAACUCAGCACUUUCCUUAGAAUGACACGUUGGUGCAGAUUAUGGAUUUACAAUUAUGGCAUCAUAGUUAAACCAUUGUAUGAACUUUUAAAAACCAACAAUAUGCAAAUGAUAUCGACAGGUAAAUCAGAAAUCACUUUUGAAACCCUCAAGAAAGAACUCAUGAGAGCUCUUGCCCUAGGGUUGCCUGAUGUGACAAAGCCAUUUUGGCUCUUUUCACAUGAGAAACAGGGAAUAGCUCUUGGAGUCCUAGCGCAACAAUUGAGGCCCUAUAAGAAAGCUGUGGCCUAUUUCUGUAAACAACUGGAUGAGGUCAGUAAAAGUUGGCCAAGAUGCCUACGAGCAGUGACUGCUGUGGUACUGAAUAUGGAAGAAGCCCUUAAGUUUACUUCGGGUCAGAAGAUAUCAGUGCUGGUAUCACAUGCUGUGUCAGCGGUGCUCGAGCAGAAAGGUACUCAUUGGCUAUCCUUUCUAGAUUCCUAA